AUGACCAGCCGUAAAGAACGCUUGGAGCAUUUAAAACGAGAGUUAGGGAAUAGUUAUAGUGAGAUUAAUAAAAUUAAAGAAAGCGAAAAAAAAGUAAUCGAGGAGAAUAAAAAUCUCUUAGAUAAAUUAAAAAAGACUGAGGAAUUGUUAACUAAAACGGAAGAAUUGUUGACUAAUAAAAGAGAUAAUAGUGAAACUGCCGGUCAGGAAGAAGAUAAUUUAUUGACUGAAGUAGAGCAAAAGGUCGCUACUCUCCAACAAGAAAUUACAGAAUUAAAAACAGUUAAUCAGCAAUUAGUAGAACAGAAUGAGAAAUUAAAAUCGCAAGGGGAAAAAGUUUAUAUGAAAGGUUUGGCUGUCGUUGGUAUUUUUGCCGGUGGAGCCUGA